UGACAGGGGAAUAUAAUCUUGACGGUCAUUGACGAUUGUCAAUGUGCUCCGAAGUCGUAAAAUAGAACCGUUUUAUUAGGUGGGACAUAAUUCAACGAGAGCGGGAGAAAUGAAACAGAGAGGGAGAUUGAAGAAAUGAGAGAGAAUUGUGUGCAUUGGGUAGGAGAUCAGGUAGUUUAAGCUCGGAAGUGAUAUAAAGGCCUUCGUCGUUCCGACCAACUUUAGCGCACCUGAAAAUCGUUCACUGGAAACAUCACACCAACAGUUCGGUCAGGAAGUGUCUCCGUCCCACACCACACUCGACCAUCAUGGUGGUGUGGACGGCGCUGAUUUUAGCGGCAGUGGCCUUCUUGGCCGAAGCUGCUGUAUCAGAUCCGAAGACUUCCGGUAUCACGACCGUUGGUUCAAAAAAAUUGGCAACUGCAACCGACUGCGUUGGUGUUAUUGCCUUCUCAGCAACUCAAGGCUCCGUUAAAGAUUCAAAAUUACUCCUCGCCGAGACAUUGAUUGACAAAGGAAUUGGAUACGUCGCUGAAACGGGCAUAUUCACCACUCAUUGUCCAGGUCUCUAUCAAUUCAGUUUCGCCGGCUAUGGCGAUUCUGAACUACAAUUGAUUCUAAAACGAAAACUUAAUAAAUCGGAAAAAUGGACAACAGUGGCGAGUGUGGGACAAGGAGGUGGUUCAAAUCUGGUACUUCUUGACGUUGACGUUGGCGAUCAAUUGUCAGUGUUUGUUGAAAAAGGAAAAAUCACUGGCGGAGCCACUUUCUCUGGAUAUCGAGUUUCGAAAAAGUGAUUUUUUUCUCAAUUAUUAUACAAAUUUUAUCCCCCACACACACACUGGACCGAAAGCGAUUUUUACCACAACAACUAUUACUGACUUCUAUAUUCCACAUCCAUGACUUAGAACCUUUUCGAAAAGAAGGCAAUAAACGACCGUUUUAAACAUCCGAUUAAAUGUAAAAGAAGAACAAACUUUGUAAAAUUUCAAACUCUUUAGAAUUUUCUUUUGUAAUUUGCAAUUUUGAUAAUUUGAGAAAAUUAGAAAUAGUAAGCGGUCGCUCAAAAUAAACGCGUUCGUCAGAAUUUGUUAACGACAACGUAUUGUGAUAGCAGAUCAUUUUGGAAAUCGUUUUGAUUUCUUUUUUUUUAAUUUAAAAAAAACGAAAUUUGUUAUUUUUUUCCAAUUUUAUCCUUUUUUUUUGUUAAUUUUUUCAUUAUUUUAGUUAAAUUUCUUUCUUUCAAGUAAUUUUUUUAUUCCAAUGUUCCUGUUUGUUUACACUCUUUAUAUUUUAAACUUCUAUUUCUUUAUCGAUUUCAAGCACUUUGGUUUCUUUAAUUUCACUCACUUUAUAUCUUUCAAUUUCAAUCAUUUCCGUUUCUUCAAGUUUCUUCGUUCUUCAUUUCAAUUUCUCUAUUUUCCCGUCUUCUUUCUCUGUCUAUGAACUUUUUCUUGUCUUCUGUGUAGAAUUCUGUAUAUAUAAACGUGAUUUCUUUCCUCUACUGUACCAAUAUUCACUCUUCUUCUUUUAUCUUCAUUUUCUAUCUAUUGUCUGUGAUCUUUUCUUUUGAAUUUUCCAAUUCUUUUUCUUUUUCACCUAUCAGUAUUAAUCUUCUAUUCGUUAGCCGCUUCUUGCCGCGUUUAAGAUUUCAACUCUUCUUUUCUAUUUUCUAUUUCUUUAUUUCUAACUUCUUUUUCAUUUCUUCUAGAUAUUCUUUUUUCAAAUUUUGUUUUACGAUUGUACCUGAUUACUUGUAACUACUUUUUUCCUUUUCUUUUUUCUCUUCU